AUGAUGACGAGUCUGGGGCGCGCUGACCCUGCUGCCCACAGCCGUAUCUUGGCCGCUGCUGCCGCACGGCUUGCAGCAUCUAAGGACAAGGAUAUGAUCAGCGCCUUUCCGAUUCCGCUUGCCUUCAUAGGGGCUAAAUAUGAUGAAUUUCAGAAUUUCGAGUCGGAGGAUCGACGGCAGAUCGUCAAAGUGUUGCGAUUUUUUGCCCAUUAUUAUUGCGCCGAUCUGCUGUUCUAUUCUUCCAAAAUGGAAAAUUUGACGGUACGUGGGCGAGCACUGACCGGCCAUCUGGCCUUCGGAACCGCAAAUAAUAAGGGUAUGAUCACCGAUCACAGCAAGCCCAUAUUUGUGGCGCACGGCGAGGAUUCGUUCGAGGAAAUCGGCCCGCCACCUCAGCUAAAGAACGCGCUUGCCAACCUACGCACCUCGAACCUUUUAUCGAUGUGGCGCGACGCCUUCGACGAAAUUUACAAGCAAAAAGAGCUCAACCUCGAGCAGGAGGCUGAUAACUCGAGUGACGCCUUGUUCGCCGAGAAAGCUAUCGAUAAAUAUAUCGAGCAGAAAAAUCGGGAUCUGGAGCUAUACAUACGUCAACGAAGGGAAAGAAAGAACCAGCGUGAAGGG